CUCUUGAAAGAUUGUUUACAACCCCUCUCUCUCUCUCUCUCUUCCCCCUUUUCUCUCUCUCUCUCUUCUGAUCUUCCUUUUCCCUCCUCCUUCCCUCUUUCAAAACCCUCUCUCUCUCAGUCUCUCUCUGUAUGUGAUCCUAAGGGGGGAGGAUGGGGAAAUACAUAAAGAAGUCGAAGGGAACAGGGGAGGUAGCGGUGAUGGAGGUGUCGGCUCAGGGUGGGUGUCUGGGGGUGAAGACGAGGGCCAGGACGCUCGCCCUGCAGAGGGAUGCCGCGUCCAGCCUCCAAAAAGCCGCCUCCUAUCUCCAGCUGCGCAGCCGGCGGUUAGAGAAACCGCCGUUCCUCUCCUCGUCUGCGAGGCCCGCAGAGCAGGCGAAGCCCCUCGCCUCCGACCAUGCCAAGCGUGCUACUCAUCUCCAGGAGCGGAGAAGUCCUCCCGUGUGCGUCAAGGAGACUGACGGACUCACUUCGGCCGUCAAUUCAGCGAGGUCGGGUUCCGUCACCGUCUCGCUCAGCUGUUCCAGCGUGCGGCCGUCCGGGGACGAGGCCGGUGAUGCGACGGGGCCAGGGGCUUCGGCUGAGAAACCGGUUUCUGAGAGCGAGACCGCCGUUGAAGCGUCGUUUGGGGAGAAUAUUCUUGAGGGCGACGGGAGGGAGAGCUGUAGGAGCGUCAGAGAAACAACACCUUGCAGUUUGAUGAGGAACUCGGAGAAUCUAGAAGCGCCUGGUUCUACAACUAGACCAACUAAUCCCUCUGAGACCAACCGGAGAACGCGCAGCGAGACGCAUAGGAGCAUUCCUACCGCAGAUGAGAUGGAGGAGUUUUUUGCGGCUGCAGAAAGACAGCAGCUGAGAAGUUUUUCGGAAAAGUAUAAUUAUGAUCCGGUGAAGGAUUUGCCUCUUCCUGGGAGGUAUGAAUGGAUACGACUGACUCCAUAGAUGGAGCGGUGAUUUUGUGGGCAUAUAAGCAAAAUUUCUCGCCCAUCAUCCUCUCUGACGAGAAGUUUAUCGGAUAUUUGGGGAGGAUGCCGGAGGUGUGCUGACUUCUCCUUCCUUUCCAUUGUAAAAAAACAAGUGUCCAAAGGUAUAGGUAGUUUUAUGAUGAUCUACUGUUAUGUAUAGAGUCGAAUUACAGGCUACCAUGUAAUUCAAAUCCAAUAUUUUAACAGAUCAUUUCAA